AUGACUGACGAUGAAUUUCCCGCCCAAUUCGAGCUCAUUUCAUCUCCCGGAGGCGACGGUCAAGAUGAUGACAGCGAACGGGACUUCGUAUCGGACCCCGGUUCGUCUUCCGUAGAUGACGAUGGAGACGACGACUUCGAGCCUCCCACGGAUUCAAGCGACUCGAGCGAUACGCUGCAGGAGCUUUUGAACGAGAUUGACGAGGAACGUGAGGACGCAGAUGUCGAAAACGUGCAGCUGGACCUCCAAGACCCGAAUACUGAUCGCACGCCUCGGGUCCGACGCACGGAAUCAUAUCCAGAGCGCGUUGCCUUGAGCCCAGCACACUCGGACCGUGAAAAAACACAACUCAAGAAGGGCAAGCUGAAAAGUGGCGAAUCAUUCUACGCAACUGGGGGCUUUGGAGAGGCACGUAACAUCCCAGCAAACACGCAACAUAGUGCGAAAGGUUCUGAAGAGCACGUCUGCGGAUAA